GUAGAUGUAGUGUCAACUCCAGACUGCUUUUUGUCCAGAAUGACACGAGUAGAAAAGUUCUUCUGCGGAAACGGCUACAAAUUACAGUCCCUAGACCCCAAUGACCAGGCUAUCUGUCAACGUAUAUAAAAUCUCUAAGUUUCUCUUCAAUCAGUACUGAUUUGGUUUCCGGGAAUGAAGUGAACUGGGCUAGUCGUAUCAUCGAAUAAUGUCUAACGUCAAGCGCAUCAUCGCCCUCCUAGGGUUCUCAUCGGCUGUUCUAGCUAGUCCGUUCUUGGCGAAGAACUCCAACGAAGGGUCUAUCGUUCCCGAUAAGUACAUCAUUCGCGUUGCCCCAGGUACCUACGAUACGGAGUUUGAGAGUCACUUGAGCUGGGUCGCCAGCGUUCACAAACGCAGUUUAAAUCGUCGGAGAACUGUUGGAGUCGAAAAGACAUUCAGCAUCGGUAACUUCAAGGCUUACGCCGGAGAGUUCGAUGCGGAAACCGUUGCAGAAAUUGAAAAGGACGGAUACGCCGUUAGCGUAGAGCCAGACCGAGUUGCUGAGAUGACAACCCUGGUCACCCAAGCAGCUGCUCCGUGGGGACUUUCGAGCCUGUCUUCGACAACUCCUCUGGUGGACGGCAGCAGCUCCAGUCCUUACGUGUACGACAGCGCCGCCGGAGAAGGGACCUACGCUUACGUCCUUGAUUCUGGAGUCACCACAGAGCACGCAGAAUUCGAGGGGCGUGCCAUUCGAGGCUACAAUGCUUGGGCACCCAAUUAUCCUUUCGAGGACGAGUUCGGUCACGGUUCCCAUGUUGCGGGUAUCAUUGGCGCAGCUACAUAUGGCGUGGCGAAGAAAGCGACCGUUAUCGAUGUCAAGGUCGUUCGGGGUCUUGGCUACUCUACCGUUGCUCAUGUGCUGGAUGGGUACAGCUGGGCCGUCAACAACAUUACCGACACCCCUGGACGGGUCUCUCAAGCUGUCAUCAAUAUGAGUCUAGCAUUUCCGAAGAGCGACGUGAUGAACUCAGCAAUAGAUGCAGCUUUCGAUCUUGGUGUCACAACCGUGGUCGGUGCCGGAAACGAUGGCAAGGACGCAUCGGCCAAGUCUCCUGCUUCUGCCCAGAAAGCCAUCACAGUCGGCGCGAUCGCCUGGAAUUGGACUCGGGCAGACUGGAGCAACUUUGGACCCGACGUAAACAUCUUUGCGCCCGGUCUUGACAUUCCGUCGCUUUGGAGGCAGCCUGGGCAGGUGUCAGUGGUUUCUGGAACGUCAAUGGCAACACCUCAUGUCGCUGGACUCGUUGCAUAUCUCCAGGCAUUGUAUCCUCUCCAGAAUGCGGCGGCCGUUGUAGAGAAGUUGAAUGAGCUUGCGAUCAAAGGUGUGGUUGGAAAUCCGGGAAGUGGGAGCGCGAACAUCCUCGCUCACAGCGGUGUUGUCUCCUUCUGAGUUGCAUCAUUGACGAGGGGCAGAAGGAGAUAGAACUCGAUUCAAGAGGGCUUGCAUGUAGACUCAUGCCAUGAUAAUGCAGCCAAGCAGCGCACUUGGAAGGUGUCAACGUGACGGCUAUCGCACGCAGCUCAAAUUGUCCUGCGAGAUACGCGUCGUGGAGUCUCUAUCACUCACUUUAGCUAUCUCGCGGUUGUAGACGCAUGUCCUUGCAGAGUCUCGGCAGCCCAUUUCUAGUUCCACUGCGUCGGACAUGUCGCAGAAUCAGGUCCAGAAGAGAAAUGUUCGGCGAGAAUUGCGGAGUCAAGUUGGAUUCCUGCGCGAGACAUGCAUCUUCGCUCGUCUCCUCACCGAACCGCGUCCCUCGAGACCCUCUUAUUCUCCAAAUACGUCAUGCAAGAAUGAAACUUGGAGUAAGACGAAUGGAUGCUGUGUGUAUCACCCCCAGCCAUCUC